CUCAGACAUCCAGUUUAACUCUGAAUCAAUUCGACACAACAUUGCCUAACAUAUACUCAUAAAUAUUUACCCAGAAAUAUUUUAAAAAGAUUUAUUUAAUAAAAAACAAAGAUGCCGCGACGCAAGCCAACCAUAAAGACCGAUGUGAUCGGCGACUUGGACCUCAACCCAGAGGUGGCCAUCGAUGACUAUCGCGUCUCCCGCCAGCAGGAUCAGUUUUUCGUGAAGCCGCCCAAUUGGGAUUCGGCUGGGGACACCAUCGAAAUGCUGUACAUAGCCAAUCUGCGGGAGCACGAUGCCAUGAAGGAGGUGCAGAGCACGCUGCUGAAGGAUGCCAAACGCCAGACGGCCUUGAAUGUGCAGCGCAUCCGUAAGAUGUACAAAAUCCAGGAGCGCCUGCGCAAACGCUUCGUCGAAGUGAAUGGUUUUAUCAAGGACUGUGCGGACAAGAGGCGCAGUGCCGACAAGUCCAUUCGCGAGGAGUCCGCGCUCCACGAGGAGGUCAUCAGGGAGAUAGAAGGCUUCAAGACCGCCAUUGCCGAGCUGGGUACUUUUCGCACCGCCCUCAAGGCCACAGUGGCCCAAUUUCAGCCCUACGAGAGGGUUCUGGAGGAGGUGGUCAAGGUGUCCGAUAUCUUUGUCUCGCCCAAGGACUGCAUCGACCGCUGCGAUGCUUUGAUGCUCGCCCAGGUGGAGAUCAAUCAACUGGAGAGUCAGAAGCUCAACGAAAUCGAGGAGAUGCGCCAACGUAUGGUCCAGGUCACCAGCGAGGCGGCUCUAACUGUUCUGGGCCUCAAAAACGAUCUGGCCCGGCUGGACCGAUCCUAUGUCAGUUCGCGAGCCACUUGCCUGAAGUGGGAGAAGAUAUUGAGCACCUGCAAGGACACCACCUCGAACUACAAUCUCGACAAGGAGCGUAUGUUCGACGGCAUCCAGGUCCUGUACCGUCUACUUUGCAAGCGACGCGACAUUGUGCCCAGCUUUCACAGCUAUGAGAUCGAUCACAUCCUGAGCUUCGUCAUGCGCGAAAUCAGUCUGUUGUCGUCGGUACUCCAGGAACUGGAGGCCACCAAAGGCGAUAAAGUCGAGGCAGGACGAUUGUGCUAACUGAAAUUGAGAUAAUUUUUGUAGGAAUUUAUGAAUAAAAUGUUUUAGAUGCCUUUAA